GAAAUGUUUAUGCUCAAAUAGAAAUGAACUUCACUAUUAAACCCCUGCUCAGUUAAAAACUCCGGCGAAAAACAGCUUGUAAUCGUCAACGGCGCCAAAAACACAGCCAUGACCUCCGAAUCUAGAGGAGAGAGAAACACCAUGGAAGUCGCAUCGCCGUCGCAAGAGGACGCUGAAUCGAGGAAUUUCAGAACCCUAACUUUGCUUUACUCCAACUAUAUUUGGACUCGAUUCUCAAAUUCUCCAUUCAUCGGUAAAAUUUCCAGUUUAUGCCGUCAAUUCGGUCGCGCUAAGUCUCGUCGCCAGAAGCUGUGUUUGCCUCUUCCACUUCCGUCGAAAUCGGUCGAUUCGUCACUGAUCCUGACUGAAGCAUCUAGCAUAUAUGAUGUUUUGGAGGAUGUUUUCGAGCAUAUUUUGUCGAAUAUGCACAACGUUCAGAAGAAUUUGCGAUAUUGGCAGGCUAAAGCAGAGGGGUCUAAUGCUCAGAAAGCUUACUUUAUGAUUUUCGAGAGAGGGCCACGAGCUUUAUUUGAUGAAACUGUUGAAUUUGUGCGGAACUUCAUUGCCGAGGAUUCGUCAUUUCAGAUACUUUGUCAUUCUGCGUCAGGUUUUAUAUCUGAAAGGGUUGCUGUGUUGGAUAGCUUACAGUCUGCACUCGCUACUUUCUUGGCACAGGUAUAUAUGAUGAUUGAUAAACAAGGGGAGGACCUGGUGACCGAUCCUCAGAAGGCAUUGCCAUCAUUGUUGGUCACUAUCAAUGGGCUAUUUUCAGAUCUUGAGAAUACCAUUGCUCAAGUGCAUGCUUCUAUGUCGCUGAUAGAUUCGUGUGCUGGAGAGAAUAAGUCAUCUGCACUCGUAUUCAAUAAAAUGACAGAAGUGCAGCUGGAACAGCCACAGUGGUCAGAUAGUGAAAUUCGAGAUGCUGUAGAUAUAAUUAAUCAGAACAUCCAGAAGCUGGACUCAUAUAUUUCCGUCCUUGUUGCUAGGCAUCAGAAACCCAGGAGAAUGACUCGGUAUUGGAUCCGUUAUACUUGUGGUGCAGUUGGCCUUUCUGUUUGUUCACUAUGGAUUGUACGUCAUAGUAGACUGGUUGGAAGUCCUGACAUUGACAACUGGUUUAGUGACGCAAAGGAAUCAACAGUUAGUUUCUGGACUGAGCAUGUGGAGCAUCCGAUUUUGUCAAUUAGGGAUGAACUUUUUGAGACAUUUAGAAAGAGACAUAGAGGGGUAAUGGAGGCUGAAGAAGUGCACUUAACAGCUAAUUCGUUGCGUAGAAUGUUAGUGGCUUUCUGCGAGCAGGCAAAUGGCGAAAAGUUGCCAGAGAAUGCUACAGAUCUUGACCUUCUUCAAAUAGUUAUGGGGAGAUAUGAGAAGGAGAUGAUGCAUCCCGUUAAAAGUAUGUUUGGUGGAGACCUUGCUCGUGCUAUGCUCAUCCAGGUUCAAAAGCUGAAAUUAGAUAUUGAGACGGCAAUGCUUGAAUUAAACCAGAUCUUGAAAGCAAAUGAAAUCAACUUUGCCAUUUUAGCUGCGUUACCUGCUUUCGCCGUCAUUGUCCUUUCAAUGAUUUUAGUGCGUUCGUGGAUUAUGCAGGAUAAAGGGGCAGAAGGAAGGGGCAGACUUGCUCGUCGUCAGCGGAGGCUGCUCAUUGUGGAGAUUGAGAAACGGAUCAUGCACUAUCAGUCUUGUAUGGACAUGGGACAGGCACAAAAUGCGCAAUGCAGCUUUGGCUUGGUGUUAUAUACUCUAGAUCGUCUGUAUCGUGCAGUAGAGAGACAUGCAAAGAUGACCGGAGAAUGGUCAUGCUUGAGACAGGAUAUAAUUGAUUUGGCGAAACCAGACCUUCAAAUUACGUAUAAGCUGACUAUCACUUCACGAAUGGAACGAGUUUACGACUGUUUGCUUCCUUCUUUGAAGCAAUAGACUCAGCUACUUCUAACUAUACUGUUAUGUCCCCCAUAUUUCGCGCCACAUGUAUUCUGAAAGAAAGGAUACAUACGUUUUUGCUCAAAGUUCAAAACUCGAGCGUCAUUGUUUUUUGGUUAUUGAUACAUGAAAAUAUAUACAGAAAGAAAUUUUUACUUCCCCAUCAAUGUAAUGACCAUUGUUGCCUGUUUAAGUGGUCUGUUCAUAUGAUUUUGCCUUUGGGGUUUUUAUCAGUUAUUAAUGAUAUUGGAAUAAGCUAUCCUUAAUUGCAGAUCGUUUCAAUCUUAGCACUAGUUUGUAGUUUGUACUAUUUUAUAGCUAUUAAAAUUAUCCCCUAUGAGAUUGUAAAAUUUAGUGAUAAGUUUACAAAAGUUUGUUUACAUUCCAGAAUCCAGAAGAUGUUGAUCACUUUGUUCAGGGACUUGAUGAUACUAUCUCUUUCUUUA